AGCUCCUCCGUCACACACCCAUCACCAACUACCUCAUUUUGGAAAAGAACAGCGGUCAUGGAGGGACAUGGUAUGAGAACCGGUAUCCUGGAUGCGCGAUGUAGCAGCUGGUACAAGACCGAGGACGGACGGAAUGUGGAUCAUUGGCCGAAGAAUGUGGGGCAGUAUCAAGCGGAGCUGACGCAGGUACAUUGGGGCGAUUUUAUCGUGGAAGGAAGCGCAACGACAAGUGUUCAGGAACGAGCUGAUGGCGGUAACGAUCGAAUACGAUGGCUUUGGAUGGGCUUGGCUGCGGUGCGAUUGAUGGUGGUGACAAUGAUCAUGGGUGUAAGAAACGAGCGGGCGGAGGGUGUUUCAAGUGCCGGUGGAGUUUAGCGAGGACGGUGGCGCGAUCGGCCAU